CAGAGGGAUAUUUUCAGAUGCUGAGGUAUUGCCUGACACAGCAGGUCAGAGGAGUUAGGUGGGAGAAAGGAGGGGAAUGUCCAGAGUUACCCCCUAUCACAGGACUGUGUGUUGAUAGACUUCUCUUCCCCUCCUCUCCCCUCCCAUUCACUCUCUUUUCUGACCUUCCAUUUGGCCUUUCCUAGUAAGAAGAGGCCAGUAUGUUUUCACACUUGGGAAAUCUCAUUCAAGAAUUUUUGUCAAUGGACAAGUCAUAAGAAGCCCUUCCAUUUUAGGGCUCGUUGACGUCAUCAAGGAGGCGAUAAAUAUCUGUUGAUAUAAUUGGAUGUGAGAUUCAGUGUUGAGAUAGCAAAAAUUCUGCCCCUAUUUCCCGGGCAGGGCCCUAUGAUUUAUGCAGGAGCAGAGGCAGCGCGCAAUCCAGCUGUCAAGAGAGCGUCAGCUUAUUAGGCAAAUGCUGCGUGGUUUCUGAAGAGGGUCGACACUAUAAAAUCCCCUUCCAGGCUCUGGUGUGGAGAAACUCAGAGCCCACGUCUGUGGAGAGACAGAAGAGAAAGAGAAGAGGAAAAGAACAGAGUGGGAAGAGAAAGGAGAAGGGAAGAGAACCCCUGAAAAAAAGCCCCAGAGACUUUCUCUGCAAAGAAGCGCUGCACCCCGCUCACCUGCAGAAGCACCUCGGAAGCGCCCCCUAACAUGCGACUGCCGCUGCUCGUGUCCGUGGGUGUCCUGCUGGUGGCUCUGCUGCCCUCCCCGCCAUGCAGGGCCCUCCUCAGCCGGGGGCCCAUCCCGGGUGCCCGGCAGGCAUCGCAGCACCCCCAGCCCCUGAGUUUCUUCCAGCCGCCGCCGCAGCCCCAGGAACCCCAGGCUCUGCCCACCCUACUGCGCGUUGGGGAGGAAUACUUCCUCCGCCUGGGUAACCUCGAUGAGACCCGGGCUGCUCCGCUCUCUCCUGCCGCCUCUCCUCUCGCCAGCAGAAGCAACAGUCGCCUUUCUCCGGACAAGGUGGCCGCCAACUUUUUCAGAGCGCUGCUGCAGCCCCGGCGCCCGCUCGACAGCCCGGCGGGUCCCGCCGAACGCGGCACGGAGAACGCCCUCGGCAGCCGCCAGGAGGCGCCGGCUGCCAGGAAGAGGCGAUCCCAGGAACCUCCCAUCUCCCUGGAUCUCACCUUCCACCUCCUCCGAGAAGUCUUGGAAAUGACCAAGGCUGAUCAGUUAGCGCAGCAAGCUCAUAGCAACAGGAAACUGUUGGACAUUGCUGGGAAAUGAAACGGUGCGUUUGGCUAAAAAGAUUCUGUAUUUAGCACAAAAGUGAAUUUAAAAAUCUAAAAAUUAAAAAAUAAAAAUACAGUAUUCUAUACC